AAAGUCGAAAACAGUCUUUUCUUUGAUCCUUUCGUGCAGGCAAGUGUGUUAAACUUAUUAUAACUUUUCGAGUUAUUCGUACUGGCAGUGCACGAAAUUUGGAAAGUAGUUUCUAUCCGACUCAGUUUCCCAAUUUUAUUAAGAGUGAAAUGGAUGAGUAUGCAACGUUCCGAAACCCUCUGUCAUCUCGCUAUGCCUCCGACCAAAUGUCGUACAAUUUUAGCGACAGGAAAAAGUUCGCCACUUGGAGGAAACUGUGGGUCUAUCUCGCCAAAGCUUCCAAAGAUUUAGGUUUAGAAGUUACUGAUGUUCAGGUGGCUGAAAUGGAAUCCCACGUCGAUGAUGUUGACAUCAAAGCUGCAGAUGCGGAAGAAAGAAAGAUAAAGCAUGAUGUCAUGGCUCAUCUUAAUGUCUAUGCAUUGCAGUGCCCCACAGCAAGCCCAAUCAUCCAUUUGGGUGCGACUUCAUGCUAUGUGGGAGACAAUACAGAUUUAAUUGUCAUCAAGGAUGGACUUGAUAUUCUCCUCCCUAAAAUAGCCCAGAGCAUUAGCAGAUUGUCAAAAUUUGCUGAAGAAUACAAAUCAAUGCCUACGCUAGGAUUUACACAUCUUCAGGCAGCACAGCUGACUACUGUUGGGAAAAGGUCAUGUCUCUGGAUUCAAGAUCUACUCAUGGACGAAAAGGCCAUUCGUGGUGUACGAGACAAUCUCAGAUUUCGUGGAGUCAAGGGAACAACCGGAACGCAAGCGUCUUUCCUUCAGUUAUUUCAAGGGGACCAUCAAAAAGUUAAACGGCUCGAUCGAUUAGUGACAGAAAUGGCCGGAUUCAACCGGUCGUUUAUCAUUUGUGGGCAGACAUACACAAGGAAACUUGAUAUAGAAUGCGUCUCUGCUUUGAGCAGUUUGGCUGCGUCCAUUCACAAGAUGUGCACUGAUAUACGCCUGUUAGCUUCGAGGAAAGAAAUGGAAGAGCCUUUUGAGAAGUCACAAGUUGGUUCAACUGCCAUGCCUUACAAAAGAAACCCUAUGAGAUCAGAGCGUUGUUGCUCUCUUGCCCGGCAUUUAAUUACGCUUGCGGCCAAUCCGUUCCAUACGGCGGCUAACCAGUGGAUGGAGCGUACUUUGGACGAUAGCGCCAAUAGAAGAAUUACAUUGGCAGAGGCCUUCUUAACUGCUGAUGCUCUGUUACAAAUGGUCCAGAACAUUUCCGAAGGACUUGUCGUUUAUCCUAAGGUAAUCGAGCGAUACAUCAAACAAGAACUUCCGUUCAUGGCUACGGAAAAUGUAAUCGUGGCGAUGGUCAAAGCGGGCGGAGAUCGUCAGGAAUGUCACGAGCAAAUCCGAGUUUUAAGCCAGCAAGCCGGAAACGUGGUGAAACAGGAAGGAGGCGAUAAUGAUUUAGUUCAACGUAUCGCUCAGUGCAGUUACUUUCAACCGAUCCAUGAUCAAAUACAGGGUUUGCUAGACCCGGCCACUUUCAUCGGUAGGGCUCCGCAGCAAGUAGAUGAAUUUUUGCAAGAGGAAGUCGCCCCCGUUCUGGCCAUGUAUCCAGGUUUGACUAGUAACGCCGUUGAAUUUAAAGUGUGAUAAAUUAAUAGCAUGCAAGAUCUGCCUCAAUUGCUUGGUUUAGAUUGUUACAAUUGAAUUUGCAAUAUAUAAAUUUAAUGAAAAAGGACGAAACACACACAACAAAUUAAUUUCUGUAGUUUCAUAUAUUUCAUUUUCACUGACUUUCUUCAGAUAGAGAAAUUUACAAAAUUUGACGUUUUGAGUUUCAAUAAAAAGGCCUCAAAAGCUC